AUGGCUUUCCCACUGCAACGAGGCAUUACGCCUCCCGAAAUCGAAUUUCUCUCGGAGAUGGAAUUGGUCACUGUUGUGCCUCGACAGCGCUUAGAAGGGCUUGAGUUGUUAUCUGGUCCUACAGAGAGACUACUACCACCGCAGCGCGCAACACUCCCUCUAUGGCUUGCGAUUUUACUGAAAAGACAACGGCGAGUGAAUAUUGUUCCGCCGCACUGGCUCCAUCCCGAAUGCCUACAAAUAGUCCUCCAAUUCGAAACAGAAACAAACGAAUAUACAGAUGCAUUCUCUCCGCCGCCGAGGCUACCAGGCCAACCUAGGCCCGGCGGCGACAACAGGAGGCAACCAACGACAACUCUUCCGCGACCAAAAUACACUCUAGAUGGGGAGCGGUACUAUCCCACGCCACCAUUUCUGCCGCAAAACACGGCAUUGGCAACAUCCGAGACAUCGGAAACGGACAAAGAAAUUGCGCUUCCAUACCACUGGCUAGAGGUUGGGAAUAUGCUCUUGGAUGCUGCGAGCGACGACCUCACCGAACCCGACCAGAUACGGCGAUUACUAAAAGAUCUGCGAGAAGUGCGCAUGUCGAAAAUGAGAAAGGGCGUCGAUGUUCUCGAUACCGCAGCGGUAGGUGGAGGCGGAGUCUCGCUUACCGGCGUCGGAGCUAUGGAAAUCGGUGAAAUGAGAGGAUUUGUCGCCGGGGUCGUCGAGGGACUCAGGAAAAUCGGUGCAUCACGCGAGCAGGCACGGAGAGAACAGCUCGCCGAAGAAGGCCCUACUCAGGGCUACACUCAAGACGAUGAUGAUGACAUGGAAUUCUGA